GUUGCAGUUUACUCCAGUCUCUCUCUCUCUCUCUCUGCUCUGCAAAACCAAAUUCGCUUUGAGAUUCGCGGUAUUGUGACGAACAAUGGCGGUUUACGUGAGAACCAAGCGAGUAACAGAUCCUCUCAACGACAAGGUCAAGGCGUGUCUCUCCGGCAGAGAGAACCACCGUCAUACCAGCUACAACAGCAGUGGCAGCGAGCAUUCCCCUUGCCUCUCUGACCUCGUCCAUGGCUUCUUAGAAGACGAAUCCAGCGACGUACAAAACCACAACGAAUCCUCCGAUUUCAACCGCGAUUCCUUGCUCCACGAAACCGUCGAUGCCAUCAAUAGCUUGCUCAAUCCGUCUGUCGAUUCCAAUCAGUUUCGGAUCUGCCUCCUCUCUCUCGUCUCCAAAGCAGUGGAUGACUUUGCGUGCGUGAGAUCUAACAUGUCAAUUUUCCGGCGGAAAGUGAUGACAUAUCUGAGAGAUGCUGGUUACAAUGCGGCGAUCUGUAAGACAAAAUGGGAGAGCUCCGGCGGACUCACCGCUGGAAACUAUGAGUUCAUCGAUGUCGUCAGAUCUGAUUCAUCUGAAGGCGAGUGGCAGCAGAGGUAUAUCGUUGAUGUCGAUUUCUCAGGGGAAUUCGUAAUCGCUCGUCCGACGGCGAACUACGAGUGUCUACUUCACGUACUGCCGAAUAUUUACGUCGGUAGACCAGAGGAGCUGAAGCAGAUCGUGAGAUUAGUGGCGGAAGCGGCGAAAAGGUCACUGAAGAGCAGAGAGCUUUCUCUACCUCCAUGGAGAAAGAAUCGCUACAUGCAAACCAAGUGGUUCGGUCCGUACCGUAGGACUGUGAACCAGGGUCCAGCCACGGUCUUCUUUCCGAACGAUUUAGAUCAUUUCUCCGUAAAAUGCCGGUCCAUUGGGUUCGAUACCGUCUCCGACGAUAUCAACCGGUUCGUCUUCCCCACGGCCGGUGACUCGAACCAGAUAAAUACAGAAAUUUCUUUUUUUGGAAAUUAGGGACGAGAUUGGGACGCGGCGCAUGCCAGCGUCCGGCUUGCGGGCGAGACGAAG